AUGGCCGGCAAAGGGGGAGGCUGUCCGGCCCCGACCGGCCCGCGGCGGGACUCCUCGGAGUCGGACUCUGAGCCGGAGGGGGGUCCGGCGGCCCGGCUCAGAGCCCCGCGGGCCCCCCUGACCAGCGCCCAGGUCAUCCACAGCGGACACUUCAUGGUGUCCUCGCCCCACAGCGACUCUGCGGCCCGCCGGCGGCGGAGCGGCGGCUCGCUGCGCUACGACUUCGACACGGUGAACCGGACCUGGUGCCAGACGUACCGGUACGGGCCCCGGAGCUCCGCCAGCCUCAGCAUCGACCCCACGCUCACCCGCCUGUUCGAGUGCAUGUCCCUGGCCUACAGCGGUAAGCUGGUCUCCCCCAAAUGGAAGUCUUUCAAAGGUCUGCGGUUGCUCUGGAGGGAUAAGAUCCGUCUGAACAAUGCAAUCUGGAGAGCUUGGUUCAUUCAGUAUGUGGAGAAAAGGAAGAACCCAGUGUGUGGGUUCGUCACCCCGCUGGAGGGCUCGGAGGCCGAGGCUCACCGAAAGCCCGAAGCCAUAAUUUUAGAAGGCAGCUACUGGAAAAGAAGGAUUGAAGUGGUCAUCAAGGAGUACCACAAGUGGAGGAUUUACUACAAGAAGAGGCUUCAGAAAAAGAAGGAUGAUAUUCUAUCAAUGCUGCAAGAGGGUCAGAUCAGCCAAGCUAAGCUGGAAAAACGCUCCCAUCACAUUUACCAGGAGCCAGAGACGGCCCCGAUGGAGGCCCACAUGUUUGACCUGGACUGCCUUCUGUCUGACAUCUCCGACACCCUGUUCACCAUGACACAGAAACCCUGUCCCUGGACCGGGGACCGGCACAACACCUACACCAGCAAUGCAGACAUCAUUCAGCCGGGUCUAACACCCCUACAGCCCAACCUGGAGGAUUUCAUGGAUAUACCAGAUAUUUUUCUGAACUAUCAGGGCCAGCCCACUGAGCAGACUGGAUUUCUUGAGUGUGGCUAUUUUUCGGGUUCAUCCAGCACCGUCUUUGCUCCAGGUCCCUCCCCCGUGGUGACAGCUCCUCAACUCCUCAUGGACACCCAGCUGAAUCAGCCGACCACAUCCAACACUCACCCAGACCAGACCAGGCCGGGCAGGGAUUGCAGAGAAUUUAACACGUCCAGCAUGGUGUCAGAAUCCAUGCCUUACGGCCACCAGGCUUACCAUGACACGGCGGUUUCUAUAGCGUUUAACAGCAACGCAGAUCGGCCGCCGUCAAGUAUUCCUUUUCCGCAUCAGCUGCCGUGCCACAAGUUUGGCUACGACACAACGGCCGGCGUGACCUCCACUGUCAUCACCCACACCGCCUCCACCGCCAGCGGUCAGGGGGCCGCGCACCAGCCUCUGGGCUACCCCCUCGAGGGAGACUCAUACUCCCAGAGCCACUCUCAGCCUCUGAGUUACCCCGCCUCCACGUCCCACCCGGCUCACGCGGCACUUCCGUCCGCCUCGUCCGCCCACUGCUUCUCAGUGCCCGAGCUGGUGGCCAUUUCGGGGGUGAAGGGGAAGCACAAGCAAAAGACGGGGGGAGUGAAGACAGCUGGCCCCUCUGCUGUACCGCCCGGUCCCCCGUCCGCUGCCCCCAUGCCCACCAGCUGCCUGGCCAAACUUCUCUCCUCGGGCCCCCACGAACGAAAGGCAGCGCUUGGAUUUAACGAUACAACCCCGGUGACAGCCAAAGGUCAGAGGUCGACAUCUAAGAGUUCUCUGACGAGCGGCGUUGGUGGAGCGUCCUCCAAGCUGCAGCACAGAGCCGGAUGGCCUGCGAUAUUAACUCCCCUGCCGGGCCAGAGCGCCCCCCUGCGUCACAGCACAGACCACCCCAGCUCGGCCAGAGGCCCAUCGGUGUCUUCCCUACUCUCCCACGGUCCCACGCACCCCAGCACGACCCUCCUCGUUCCAAAAACCGAGAAACUUUCACCUGUCCAGCUCUACGCCACGGACAGGAGCAGCCUGAACAUUCAUUUUGCAACACACAGCCAAACAUCUCCACCGAACCCCGCUGAGAAAACACUGAACCCUGAGUCUCCACAGUCAGGCUUCUCAGGACACGCAAAGACAGAAUCAAGUAAGCAAACAGAGAGCAGGAGGAUAACGCACAUCUCGGCGGAGCAGAAGAGGCGUUUUAACAUCAAACUGGGAUUUGACACUUUACAUAACCUUGUGACAACACUCAGCUCUCAGCCAAGCAUAAAGAUCAGCAAAGCCACCACCCUGCAGAAGACUGCCGAGUACAUCAGUAAAAUGCAGCAGGAGAGGGCUCAGCUGCACGAGGAGGCUCAGCGACUCAGAGAGGAGAUCCAGCACCUGAACUCUACCAUCAAUGCUUGCCAGCAGCAGCUCCCGGCCACCGGAGUGCCCAUCACACGGCAACGCUUCGACUACAUGAGGCAGAAGUUCAGAGAGUACGUCCGGGCCCAGACUCUGCAAAACUGGAAGUUCUGGAUCUUCAGUAUCAUCAUUGAGCCGCUGUUUGAGUCCUAUAAUGGGAUGGUGUCCACUGCCAGUGUGGAGGACCUGUGUCGCUCCACGCUGUCUUGGCUGGACCAGCACUGCGCCCUGCCUGCGCUGAGGCCCAUGGUUCUGAGCUCACUCCGUCUCUUAAGUACCACCACUGCCAUCCUGACAGACCCCAGCCUGCUGCCGGAGCAGGCCACAUUCGCCGUCACCCAGGAGGACCCCACCGCUGCCGUGGACCGCUCCCUACACACAACCUCUCAGCAGUAGUAUGCACACUUGUUGGACCUGUGAUGAAAAGACUGACCUUUGCAGAAAAAAAACAGAAACCACUACAAGACGGGCUCAAAGCUCAGCUUGAAGGCCGUUAAUAGUGAAUAAUUCAUAAGCAUUUCCAAUAAAACACACCCUACAACAAUAACAUCGUAUUCUAUCCAGAUCAAGAAUAAAGGGACCCAAAUGUGAUGAUGCUUAAAAUCAGAUCAGUGUGUAAUACACACUCUGUGUGAUGUCUACUACUCGAUAAGUCUCAUAUUUUGAUUACAGCUAUUACUUUGGAUUUUUUAUAUUGUGUAAAAAAAAUUGGUAAAGGCAGUUACUAAAUGCAGUUAUGCAGC